UGCAUUCUGAGAUUUGAGAUCAGAGGUGUUCGUAAUUAAUACUCUCUGGUGUUCGAUAGAGACAUGGGGAAUAACUCUUGAAAACCUCAGGGCAGGGGGUAGAAACAAAACAAUAACAACAAAGGCCAGAUGUCGUAAACGGUUAACAGUAACAGUAUAAAUUCAGAUUGGUGUGUCGAAAUGCCAAGGAGUUCUGUGCUGUGUAGACCUCAACGCCGCUUAGCCAACACAGCUUUCCCUACGAAUAUCUCUUGGAGGAAUCCACAGAAUUAAUAAAGCAGGACGAGGGUUAAUUAUCAAGGAGGAGUGUCCAUGACUUUUGAGAUCAGAUGCUUCCAAGAUGCCAAUAAGAAGGAGAGAUGAAGCCAGACCAGGUACAAGCAGAUCAGAAGACCACAUUUCUUCUCUGUCCUCGAUGCCUGGUCCCAGUCGGCAGCAGGAUGACAAUCCUCCUUCAUAUGAUGAAGCAAUGGCGAUGUCCAGAGGAACAGUUGAGACAAACUUGGAUGAAGAAGAGAUUCCAAACCCUGAGGAAGAGGAAGGAAUUGAAGGCCUUCUGGAGUAUUAUGAAAAACUUAAGUCACAAAAAGAAGCCAAGACAAGGCGUGCUCUCCAGUCAGGUAGUGGAGAGAAAAGUGAUGAGGGUGAAAACUCAGACCCGGAGGAAAGGCUUCGACAGACUCGGGCGACGAUGAGACGUAACCUCCAGAGUUAUCGAGAUGGGAGUAGUCCCAAGAGUGAAAGCGGUGAUGGGAUGGAAAUGAUAUCUUUCCUGGAUGAUAGAGAAGAUCAGAAUGGUGCGCAGGCAUUUCCUGAUGAGAGCAGAUCUAGUGGUCAACCUGCAGGCAACAAUGUGUCUGCGGAGGACAAUGGGACUGAGAUAACCUUAUCUUUUAUCGACACUGAAGAUGCCAGCUCCACGUUGCGUCGGCGGAGAUCCUCACUUACAGAUGUGGACACAGACACUAUGGAAAGGGGCUCAUCUCCUGAAAGGAAAACAUAUGACUGGACAUGUCCCAUAAGCGUACCUUUUUUUACCCCCCUGAUCAACGGGGUAGUACGGUGUGGUCAGCGAGGAGUGGACACCUGGCCCACAUUGUCUCCCACCAAAAAAAUCUUAGUGGUCAUCACUGUGGUCUUGGUGGUGGGCCUCUUGUUGUUGGUCACCUUACUUCCUGCCAGCUUUGUCUAUGUGGAAUACUAUGAGUAUGCACUAAGCCGCAAUCGUGUGACAGGUGUGAUAGAUUACGACACAGUCUAUGACACAGGCUGCUACCUCUUGGCGCCACAGGACGAGUUAAUUCGUCUGCCGUCCACUGCACAGCAGGUAUGGAUGAACCUGGAUGUGAUGACCAGAGAGAGUCUUGGAGUGGAGCUGCAAAUCAUGUUGCAGUACUUUAUCAAGAGAGAAAAAAUGGGACAGCUGUACCGCCAAUAUGGGAUGCUCAACAAGGAGGUGAUAGCCAGUGAGAUAGAAAGUACUGUGAAGAACACAGUGGUGGAUUUCCAUUUGGAUGAGUUCAGACUGGAAAGGAAGAAGGUGGAGGCCGCUAUACGUGAUCAGUUGGAAACAGCCCUUGCAGGCAAUUGCUGCAAACCAUGCUGUAGUGGCAGCUGCAAGGUCAGCCUGAUGUGUAGUGCCCCGUUCUGCCUGCCCCCUGGUCAGUGUACCAAGGGUCAUCAUGUGGACAUGAACUUCUUCCAGCUGGGCAGUGUCAGGAUUCCUGAUUCUGUCAUGGACAGAUAUGUCAGGAGAGUUGUGCUACAGAUAAAUGCUGAACGUGAGUUAUUUGUGCAGCAGACAGCAGUAGAAGUGAAGAAGACGGAGCAGGAGGUGAAGAGCCUGCUCAAUCGAGCUAAAGAAGUGCGCCAGGAAGCCGAAGCAAAGCGAAUUGUCAUCAUGGCGACUGCUGAGGCACGGGCCGACCGGGACAUACAGUUGGCGUAUCAGAAGGCCAUGAAAGGUCUUUUUUCUCGACUGAACAUCACCAAUGAGGAAAAUAAGUUGUCCUUCAUGUUUGUCAAGACAUUGGAGAAUAUGAAGCAUAAUGUUUAUGCAUAUAAUUCUGAUGUUUUGUCUGCGUUUUCACCUUAGAGGUCUAAACACUCUGUACUUGCUUUACACGCUGAGUUCUUUAACUCACUGAAGACUGAGGUCUCGCGAGGCACACUACCCCUGAAGACUGAGGUUUUUUGGGGUAUUUUUUUUACAUAAGUAAGAGAUAUUUGUGUUCUUUUAAAUAACAAAAUUUGAAUUCUGUUUCUUUUAUUCUUAAAAAAAAUGAAUUUGUGAAAUUUUGGUUUUCUAAAGAAUUUUUUAGAGCUUUACCCUUCCCUUUAUUCACACCAGAUCUACUUACUCUAAGUGGCACCUUUACUAACAAAAAUAUCACUGUCAGGCCUUUUGCGUCUCUCAGGCACAAAUUCUGGGUCAUUAGGAUCGUUGAGUUCUCUUUCUGAUGAACUAGACUCAUUGAAAACAUAAAAAGUGUUGCUUGGUUUGCUUCGUACACAUACUCUCGAAGUCUACUUGGGGGCUGCCAUUUUCCCUAGAACUGAUGUUUGUAAUAUCCUGAGUGACAUCCCCUAAAAGUUUGUAUGUACAAAAAAAAAUGCUGCCCCUACUUCCGCGAAACUUUGCACGGAACGAAAGAAAUGAAUGCACUAGCGCUGACGACGAUUCCCGAGGUGCUCUCACGAUUUCAAAAAGUGCGAAAAAA